GGGAUAGAGAGAGAGAGAGAGAGAGAGAGAGAGAGAGAGAGGGGGGAGCUCGCGGAAAAAAGGGGAAGCUGUCAUGCGUCUGUAGCGCGCCUUCAUUCGACGCCGGAAAGUGAAUCGCAAGUGUAUCCGAGCACACACACAUACACACACAGGCGCGCACACACACACAUACACACGCACGCGCCGCGGUGUCGAAUGUAAAAAAAAAAAAAAAAAAGAAGCCUCUACGGUUUUGUCCGCUUCGUCGCUUCCCAGCCGGACCGGAGAGGAGAGGAAGAGAAGGGAGGAAGAGAGGAGAAGAGAGGAGAAGAGAAGCGAAGCGCCGCCCGCUGUUCCGCGUCGUUUCCCCGAGCUGCUCUCCCGGUUUACGAGCAUGUUUGUGAAUCCGUGAGUCGCCAUGCCCUUCGCCUUUAUUUCGUUUCCGAAUUCGUUACCGGCGCCGCGCUCGUUCUCUCGGUCGCUUGUGUACCAUCAGCCCGGACGCACGGACACGAGCAGCCCGUAAAACUCGCCUGAAGUCGGUCACCGCACAGAGCUCGAGCCGCUCACAUAUCCUCUCUGUUCCCGUUAAAGAGCCCGACGUACAAUUCUCAAUUAACCUCGUAUCCCAUCACCUCAACUUUAACACCCACAGUUUGAUCCUCGUUCUCUUUUUUGGGCUUUUUUGGGCUUUUUGCGCUCCGACAUGUCCAUGUUCACGCGCUCGAGCACAGGGGAUUGAUCGGUAAUUCUCGCAUACGCACGAGCGACGGGAGGAAGAGUGUAAAGUUUGUCUUGGACUCAACAAACUUCAGUCCCUUUAUGAGCUUCCAGUUCGGACGUGGUGACUUCCAGGUGACCGUGAGCAGUGGAGCUGAGUCAUGAUGGACCAUCUCAGCGAGUCGUGCCUGGGGAAGGAGAACUGCGAGCUGGUGGGCGGCUUGACCGACGCCAAGGGUCCUCCGGCUAAGAUAGCCAGGCUUGAACAGAACGGCAGCCCUCAGGGGCGCUCGCGCCUGGGCAGCACCGGUGCCAAACUCUCUGGAGUGGCCUUCAAACCCUCGCCACACCUGCUCAAGUCCUUGCACAAGAGAGGUAACAUGCUGCCCGUGUUCUGCGUGGUGGAGCACUACGAAAACCCCAUCGACUUCGACAGCAGGGAAGAGCACGCCGAGUUCGUGCUGGUCAGAAAGGACAUGCUCUUCAACCAGCUGAUCGAAAUGGCGCUCCUGUCGCUCGGCUAUUCUCACAGCUCUGCAGCACAGGCUAAAGGUAUGAUUCAGGUGGGUAAAUGGAACCCCGUUCCCCUGUCGUACGUGACCGACGCCCCUGAUGCCACCGUCGCCGACAUGCUCCAGGACGUCUACCACGUCAUCACGCUGAAAAUCCAGCUGCACAGCCACCCUGAAUCACUCUCUCUCUUUCUCUCUCUACCUCCAUCUGUCACUCCAUGCAGUUGUCCUAAACUGGAAGACUUGCCUCCCGAGCAAUGGACCCACUCUACGGUGAGAAACGCCCUCAAGGAGUUACUCAAAGACAUGAACCAGAGCUCACUGGCGAAAGAAUGUCCCUUAUCUCAGAGCAUGAUCUCCUCCAUCGUGAACAGCACUUACUAUGCAAAUGUGUCUGCGGCGAAGUGUCAGGAAUUUGGUCGUUGGUAUAAACAUUUCAAGAAGACAAAAGAUAUGAUGGUCGUGCGCCAACCCUCCCAGCUGGAGGGCUACCUGGGGACGUGCGUCCUCCACGACAGCCCACGUGCCACCGCAGUAGCCGACUUGGAUGGUUUAUCAGACCUCUCGCCACCCGGCACCAACCACCUGAGCUUCAGUCAGCAGCCCAUCCCGGGCAGCACGGCCGAGCAGCCGCCGUCCCCAGUUCCCCUGGCCCACAGUGGCCAGGCUCCAGGCCGUGCCCAGCUUCCCGGUCUCCACCCGGGCUUGGUGUCUAGCCCCAUUAGUCCUCAGCUGGUCAACCAACAGAUUGUAAUGGCGCAGAUCCUGAACCAGCAGUAUGCCGUGAACCGGCUCCUGGCGCAGCAGUCCUUGAACCAGCAGUAUCUGAACCACCCGCCGGUCAGCCGGGCUCUCAGCAAGCCCCUGGAUACGCAGGUGUCCUCCAACACAGAGGUCUCCAACGAGAUCUACCAGUGGGUGAGGGACGAGCUGAAGAGGGCCGGGAUCUCGCAGGCCGUGUUCGCUCGAGUUGCGUUCAACAGGACUCAGGGAUUGUUAUCAGAGAUCCUAAGGAAAGAGGAAGACCCUAAAACGGCAUCUCAGUCCCUGCUGGUGAACCUGAGGGCCAUGCAAAACUUCCUGCAGCUUCCCGAGGCCGAGCGAGACCGUAUCUACCAGGAGGAGAGGGAGAGGAGUUUAACAGCGGCGUCAUCCAUGGGCCCAGCGCCGCUUAUUAACACUCCUCCAUCACGCCCCGUCCAGAGUGUAGGAGUGAACCAGAUGCUGCUUUCCAGUUCAGAUCCCAGAAUCAGCUGCUACUCCGACUCGCCUAGAAGAGAAGAAUGUAACAACAUCAGACCAGAGGACUGGAACCCGAGGAUUCCAGUUGGGAUAUCUCCUGCGUCUCGGCUCCCUGCCCAGGUGAAGCCCCUUCCGCUGGCGUCCGAGUGGAACGGCAAGCAGGAAAGCUCUGUCCUGAACAUCAGCUCGUCUAUCUACGACGAGAUCCAGCAGGAGAUGAAGAGGGCCAAAGUGUCGCAGGCCAUGUUCGCUAAGGUCGCCGCUUCCAAGAGCCAGGGUUGGUUGUGUGAGCUGUUGCGCUGGAAGGAGGAUCCGUCCCCAGAGAACCGCACGCUGUGGGAGAACCUGUCCAUGAUCCGGCGCUUUCUAAGUCUCUCGCAGUCAGAGAGAGACGCAAUCUACGAGCAGGAGAGCAACGGAGGACAGCAACACCACACCGAGAGACCCCCACACCUGCUGCACAUGCCCACUGAGCCACUGCAGCCCCAGAUCCAUCCUCCACCGACAGCUCAGCUCCAGCCCGCCCUGGCGCUGCCCCACCCCUCACAGCCGCUCAUUUCCCAGCAGCCCCAGCCUCAGCAGCAAACAGGACCCCGCCUCCCACCACGCCAGCCCUCCACCGCUGCGCCCGCCGAGGCCGAGGACGAGUCACGUCAGGCUAAAGGUCGUACCGGCGCUCGGAUCUCCUUGGAAGCUCUGGGAAUCCUGCAGAGCUUCGUGCAGGAUGUCGGUCCAUACCCGGACGAUGAGGCCGUGCACACGCUCUCAGCCCAGCUCGACCUCCCGCGGCACACAAUCAUCAAGUUCUUCCAGAACCAGCGCUUCUGCAUACGGCCCAAAGAGGCCACGUCAGGAAUCGCUCUCCCCGCAGCCGGCGAGCAGGACGAGGUGAGCAUGACGGACUUCAAAGACGGUGAGCUGCUCAAAGAGCUGGACGAGGGCACGCAGACUACCAGCAUCUUCACCAUCAAGAUCGAGGAGCACGCAAGCACCGAGGAAGGACAAUGUCAUGAGCAGGAAGUGAAAGAAUAAAACUCCAGCACACCGUCGGAUCUCCUCCAGCUGUAGAACUGUGAGACUCUCAAACCCCGGGACUGUGUAAUACUCAAGUAUUACCUUUUUGUAAAAGCCCUGUAUUAUUAUUAUUCCACUGUAAAGAUUUUGCGCAUUAUUAAAUAACCUGCACAACGAAACAAAAUCAGAAAAAUGUUCAAAAAAAACAAAAAAAAAAACUGUUGCCGUGGAUGUUUGCUGACUGCACUUGAUGUAUGUUGUUUUUACACUGAACUUCCAAACUACUGAUUUAAAAAAAAAAAAACACAGUCGAAGUUUGAUAGACUUUGAUAGAUGUUUACGUACGUGGUGUUAACUGGAUUUUUAUUAUUAUUAAUAUUAUUAUUAUUACUAUUAUUAUUAUUAUUAUUAUUAUUAUUAUUAUUUCAAUGCAACUGAUAAUAAAAUAAAAAUGGGGGCCUUAACGGUGACAAACUGCUGAACAACACAGCGUUUUCUUUACAAAGCGAAGGAUCGCGCAGGAUAUGGCGCCCCCAAGACCUUCAGGUAGACUGGAGGAGAAAAGUUUCCCCUCUUUCAAUCGUUACUUAUUAUUUGUUUGGAAGAAAUAUAAAUAUAUAUAUAUAUAUAUAAAUAAAUAUAGACAUAUAUUAAUUGUAAAAAAAAAAUAAAAAAUAUACAGUCUUAAAGAAACUAUGCCAACAAAUGCCUUGUACUAUAUGGCACUGCCGACGUUAGAUUAUUUUGCAAAACCUUUCUCACUGUAAUUUUCAGGAUUUUCACAAAAUUUAAUAAUGUGAAUCACACUUUAUUCUUCCUCAUCCCACGUUAUUUAUUUGCCAUUCAUGCGGUUUACGGAUGUAAUUACGUCAUUUUUUUUUUUGUUUUGUCGCAGCACAUUUUUAUUUUAUUUUAUUUUACUAUUUAUAAAUGGAAGUUUGAUGGGCAGUAAAAAUCAAAGUGUCUUAAACGUUUUAAAUGGAAAAAAUGUGCUUUAACGGUUGCCUGAAAAACACAAAAACAAAAAAAAAACACUGAAAAAAAACAAAAAAAAAAACACACAAAAAAAAAAACAAAGUGCUGUAUGUCAAGCGAUUCAUGCUUAAGAGCUUCACGAUUAAUGUUGUAUGCAAUUUUUCCUCUCAUGCAAAUAAGCUUAGGAGAACGACUAACUAACCUAUAGACCACCUUAGAGAAAAAAAAAAAAAACAUAUGCAAUUUGUGUGGAAUUCGAUGUUUGCGAUGUGUCUUCCUUUUGGUUAAUAAUAACAACUCAAAGCUAUUGCUGUAUAAACUAUUCUGUAUAAAAAGGAGCGUUUGUUUUUUUAUGAGUUUAUCGCAAGGAGAACACCGGUUAUUUUGUUACGACUGACUGUUUUAUAAGUGUUUCUCGGUUUUUUCCUCGAGCCAAACUGUUCUAACUAGGAGUGGUUAUUGAUUGUUAAAUGACACAAUUAAACUGUUUGUAUUGCA